UCACAUCCUCUCUUACACAAACAUCCUUCCCUCCUCUGUGAAGAUGUCCAGCUCUCAAACAACCACCACUAAUGGGGUGGUGGUCAUCACCCAUGUCCACCCCUAUGGGAACGGGAUGGCUGCAGCACCGUGUUUGGAUAAUAUUGGAGUAGCCAGUGGAAUAUUUGUCUGGGGAUCUAUCAUUUAUGUAAUUGCAGGCUCUCUCACUGUUGCCGCUGACAACAAACUGAACAAAUGUCUGGUGGAAGGCUCCCUGGGAAUGAACGUUGUCGCCACGGUUACUGCUCUUACUGGCAUCAUCCUCCAUUCUUUAGACAGUGCUGGGAUCAUGUUAUACUGUGACUAUCCAUACCAUUAUCCACACGAUUUCUGUCAACAGUACUGGGUCAGGUCCCAGGGAAUAUCAGGUGUUUUGGUUGUUUUCUCCUUGCUGGAGUUCAUAGUGUCCAUCUGUGUCUCGUCAUUCGCCUGCAGAGCUGUCUGCCUGUGCUGCCAUUCCACCCCUGAGGUGAGUCUAUAGACUUAGAUUUCUGUAAAAAAAAACAUUUUUUGUUACAAAAUGUUGUAAAUCUCAAGGUUAUUUACCCAAGUUCUCUGAUAUUAUGAGUUAAGUACGUAUUUCACAAGUGGAAUUUCAUUCCAAAAGUCUCACUUUGGGGUCACUAGCCAUUCCAGCCCGUGGGGCUACCGUGCGUAAGAGCGCAGUCAAAAGUGUGCCGUAGGGCAGUGGUCCCCGACCGGUUUAAUGUCAGACAAUAUUUUCACGGACUGGCCUUUAAGGUGUGGCGGAUAAAUACACAAAAUAAAAUGACUCGACCGGCAUAAAAACCUUGGUAUUUAUUAAAUAUAAUAAUAAACGUGAAUCCACUGUGCGUCCUCGUAACAUCGCACCAACAACAUAACAUGAGUAACAUCCUCUCUGCCCCUAACACUCUCUGGUUGCUAUGGUAACGUUUAAACAUGCCUUAAAAAUACGAUACAACACAAAAACAAAUAUAAAGUGCAUGAAAAAUACA